CCUCGGCGAACACUUGCCAGCGUCUCACCUCCGUCACUCUCUCUCUAUAUAUAUCACUCGCUUCACUCUCCGAUCUUGCAAUCAGGCAAGGGUCAUUUUAGAGAGAUAAGAGAGAGAUGGGCCGAGGCCGAGCACCGUGCUGUGCGAAGGUUGGGCUGAACAAAGGCUCGUGGUCGCUGGAGGAAGACAUGAGGCUGAUCGCUCACAUCCAGAAGCACGGCCACGGAAACUGGCGCGCUCUACCUAAACUUGCAGGUCUGCUUAGGUGCGGGAAAAGCUGCCGUUUGAGGUGGACUAAUUACCUCCGCCCCGACAUCAAGCGAGGGAACUUCACAAAGGAAGAAGAAGACACCAUAGUGAAGUUACAUAAGCUGUUAGGAAACAAGUGGUCCAAAAUCGCGUCAUGCCUGCCAGGAAGAACUGAUAACGAGAUAAAGAACGUGUGGAAUACACAUUUGAAGAAGCGAUUGGUAUUCACAGAGCAGAAACCGGCGGCGACGAACGAUCCUGAAGAGCCACCACCCACCUCUUCUUCCUCGAGCUCAAAUCAUGGCGGAAACAAAAGCCAUGAACACCAACACGAUCCAUGCUUGCACACUCGCGACUCCUCGGCGGAAGUGAUCGAGAUCCCCAUCGAUCCCACCAUGGACAUGUCGAGCAUCUUUGAUGAUGCACUCUCGAAUAUGACAUCGAGCAGUACUUCCACACAACUCUCCGAUGGCCUCGUUAUUCCUGAUGGAGAUCUUUGGAGCAUGAUCGAGGAUAACAGUGCAUGUAAAGAAGGCAAUACCGGUGCAUGGCUGGAGUACUUGGAGAGGGAACUUGAGCUUGAGCUUGGCUUGAGAGAAGUAGCUCCAAGCGACCAAGACAGCCUGACGACAGAUGGUGUGGGGAUGGAGGAAGACCCAGUGUCGUGUUACUUCCGAAAGGAGCCUCCUCUCCAUCCUCUGCAGACCUUCCUGGCCUCAGAAAUGAUUUGAAAGACGAACCACAAGGUUUAGGGGUCAACUGAGUCUUAAGUCGUAGGUGGGCAGAGUUAGAAUUUUUGCACCUUCAAAGAUUCUGCUGUUACACGUGUCGAUUUGUCGUUCCUGCUGCUGUCAACAGGAGCUGAACCAUCAUGGCUGUCGAUUCAACUUCUCGUAGAAGAUUUCAGCA